ACCCAAACCCGUCGUUACACUUUCGCUAUAUCACAAUUUCAAUAAAUGCUUUGUGUCCGUUCGUGCCCAUACCGUUUGAAAAAGGUUAUGAAAACCAACUGGAAAUAUUUAAAAAAAAGUCAUUAAUUUCGCCGCAUUAAGGAUAAAAAGUACUGAUAUCGUGCCAAAUGGGAACAACAAGAUCAUGUUCGGCAACCUAAUACGAUCGAAUGGGUUUUCGGUUGAUCUAUUGUUUUAUAGAAGAGUCUCAAGAUCAAAGGAUAAUGAUAUUCAGUUAGAGUUAGAAGAUUCUGAUAUCGAAGAAGUUCAAUCGAUCUAUAAACCUCUUUUCCUGGAUCCAGGACGAAAAUCUGUAUACACUGCUGUUGAAGGCUUAAACCCCACGUAUAGUAUCCUUAAAUGUACAACAAAGGAGUACUAUCAUAUGACCAGUUCCACUAUCUUUUAAAAAAAGCAACAAAAGAAAAAAAAAUGAGAACGGAAUCGAGGCGAUAGAGUGCUUAAUACCGGUAAAAAAAAACACAAUCACCCCUCAUAUACCACCAAUAUGUGCAUAAUAUUUUGGAAAACUUGGAUGUUUUGUUUAAUUAUUAUGGCAGAAAUACGGCGAAACAACAAUUUAAUCUGUAUCAGGGUCGACAGAGAGCUCAAGAAAACACGGUCAACAUCUUGAUCAAUGAGGGUUUAAAAUACAACGUGAGGCUUAGAAAAGAGAAAGCCAAAAGGAAUAAACAUAAAAACAAGAAAAAGAGG